UAAUGGCCUUUACACAUUAUCAGUGAAAAAAUCAAAUUCAAUAUUCAAAAUCACAUUGUGCUAAUCGAGCCGUUGUUAUCCCAUUUGCCUGGGACAGGAUCCAUUUAGGCAACAGAAAACCGAAUCUUCAGACAGAUCAUUUAGAGUCUUAUUUGAAACUUAACCCAUUUGUUGUUUAUGUAGGUCAGCAAUACCAAUCAGCCAAAGUCACCACAAUUUUUGUUUAAUUUGAAGGAAACUGAGCAGCCAGUCAAUUUUGAGUUGCCUCAGCCUCCUUCUGAAACAAAUGCCAAUCAGUAAACCUGAGGCAGGACAACAUUACAAGUAAUACCAGUGACCCAGACAGCAUCUGACAUGGACAAACCAGAGAUAAAAAUCAAUCAGCUGUCCAAUGCUCCCAGGAGAUAAUGUAAAACACACUCUAUUUUGACAGCAAGUAAUGGCUGCAACAAAACGUUUUCUCUCAGGCAGGUAAUGAAUAUUCAGCUUAGACUGCUGCAUUACCAGCAGUGACAAAGAACUGGCAAAUACAUCUUUUCUUUUUAAUUUCUUUGUCUGGAUGGGAUUUACAGAUUUAGGUUGGCAAAAAUGACUGCAGUAAAAGCUAAGAGGAUACUCUGAUAUAUACAAAUCCAGCACUCCAUAUAAUAUUACUAUAAUAUCAAAAUAUCUGAAAAUACCAAAAACAUAAACAAAACAAAAUAUAAUAAUUAUACAAAAAAAUCAUGAAAUAUAGGGUUUUUGUUACAAUUCCUUUCCAGCAGAAAAAUGUAGUUAACUGAUCAACUGUAGACUUUUUAUACCUGGAUGCAGGUAUCCACACAAGAGAAAAGUCAACAAUUAGGGCUGCAGGUUACUCAUGGCAAUUAAAUUACUUUUUAAUGCAGUCCUGCUGAAUAAUAUAACACAUCUUUUGCCACCUAAAUAAACAAAAAAUAAUACUAUACAAUGACUUUUACUAUAAAUAAUUACUUCUUAUGCAUGCAGAAAUUGAAUGGUUUAACUACGCCACUUUGAAAACCUCUGUUGAAGCUGAUGAUAUGACCUUUACGACCAGGCAUCUGAGAGUGCUACACCCUCUCUGCAGGCUUUUCAGACUACUCCAUUACAUCAGCAGGCCUCCCCCACAGCCAUUCAUGACACGAUACCAAGUCCAAGGCCCUACAUCUACAUUCCUUUCUAAGUGGAAUCCCAGCAGACAGUUCAAUCUCCAGCAGUAGAUAAACAUGUCCAGCCUCCCAGUGUACACUCAUAACCCCAUGACUCUAAAGGCAAAAGACAAAAAGUUCUCUGGAGUUGACACCUUUCUUCAGCUGCUCAAAUACAGUACCUGUCUUAUUUUGCCUUUGAAAAUUUGAGUUCUGCAUACAUCAGUGCAAUUCAAUGAGAAUGGUAAAAACAUUACAUCCAGUAAAAAAUGUAAUAAAGACAAAAGAAGUGAACAACAGCACAUGAACCAAAAUUACUAAAUUCCUUCACAGUCUUUCCUGUCCUGUCACAGUUGCAUCAGCAGAGGAUCAUUAUGUAAAUCAGAACUAGUGCAAAAUGACUUGCGGUGCAGCAUGGCACAAGAGGGACUAAAUAGGCUUCUUUUCCGUAAGAUGUGACCAGAUGUGCCUAGUUAAUGCUAACCCCAUUGUUGGCCUGGGGAAGGUGUAGUCAGAUUAGUUACAGUACUUCCUCCGUUCACUGUAACACGGUGGAUCUUCCCAGAUCAUGUCCCCCUUCAGUUUCAUGUCAUGAUCGCUCACUGGCUUCCCACUAACGAGACUCGUAAUUAAGCCAAUUAUGGAUCCAUCAUGCAAGCAUACUUGAUGUGGUGUGCAAAAAUGUUGCCCAUGUGUGUCCAACUUUACAAUAAAACGUUGUUCCUUUGAUUCAAUGUAAGUGUGUGUGGGAGGAUCCAUACAAAAUGGGCCAGUUGCACUGGACCAGUUGUAACUAGAAGCCACCAUGAGAAUGUUAUGAGAGUUGCAUAACUAAUGCAAAUUAUGUAUGCAAAUUUGUGGUUGGUUGCGAAUAGGAUCCUUUCUUAGGAGAGAGUUCCAUGGGAGGAAAAUGACUUAGUGCUAUUGGUUAAGAUCACAAUGAUCACUUCAGAGUUAGGGGAAGGUUUUCUGCAGCUGGCAGACUCCAUACAAGACAUAAUGUGGUCCAUUUCAUAGGUCAACUUCUUCCAAGGAGCUUCAUUUUCUAACAAUAUUGUGACUUGUGACUGAUGGAUGUGUAUUUUAGGAAGUCUGUGCACUGCAGAUAGACCACUUUAAACUGCUGCCAUGGCACUUCCCUUGCAAAAAAAGUAAAACAUCUGUAAUAAAGGGGACCUACUUGGCACUGGAACACAUGAGUAAAGAGUACGGCAAGGAAGGAGGCACCAUUAUCAAUGUAUCCUCUAUGGCAGCCUUCCUCCAUUCUCCUCAUCAGCCUGUCUACACUGCUACUAAACAUGGAGUCAUUGGCUUCACUAGAGCUAUGGCGGACGCAUCUUCUGAGGGCAACUACGGUGUUCGUAUCAACGCUCUGUGUCCAGCCUUUGUUGACACUCCUCUGCUGCACUCAGUGGAACAUGAGGACAACAUGGGGAAGUUUGUCAAGUUCAAGGAUGAUUUCAAACGCAUCAUGAACAAAUUUGGAGUUUUACAGCCAUCGUUGAUAGCAGAGGGCAUGAUGAGGUUGAUCGUGGACACCAGUCUGAACGGAGCAGUGAUGAAGAUCACCUGCUCCAAGGGAAUCCACUUCCACACCUAUGAACCCAUGUCUGCUUGAGCUUUGACUCCCUGCUGCUUCUGGAGGAACAAUGCAGCACUUUGACCUGUCUGACUGCAAGACAAAAGAAACUGGUUCAGGACAACAUCUGGCUGCUGGAGUUAAUAUCAGAACUGCUUAGAGCAAACUUUAGAUUGUAAUAUUUUAAUAAUAAUGUGAAUAAUAUGAUAAUGAUGAUCAUACUAAUCAAAUUAGAAAGUCCAGUGUUUUCACUGCUAGCUAUAAACCUUUAGCAAACCAAAGUUAUAGAUCUGUCUCAUUCAGUUAGGUUUUUAUAUGUUGCAGGAAAUAGUGGACAGUCAUUGUCAACUGCCUCAGACACGACUGAUUAUGCAGCUUCUUUGAUUAAACAGUGUUAUUGUAAGAAUUGUAAAAGUUAUUAUUUAACAACUGAUUUAAUAGAUUUGUUUAAUAUAAAAUAAAAUAAAAAUCCAGUGGGAAGUUUAUUAUAGGACCUUUUUAUUGGUGUGUGUGUAAUGUCACUAUGGCUAAGAAUAUUUCCUCAUCUGACAAAAUAAACAUGUGAUCCACAGGUUAAUGACAACAGCUGUGCUGUAUGAUCAGCUAUAUCAGUGUUAAAAAUGAAUGAUCACAGAGCAAGUUAGAGGCAACCAAAGGUAGACUUCUUUACUGCCUCACAGCACCCGACCUUCAGUGGGCUUGCUUACAUCCUCUAUUCACAAAAGCUCUGAUUACCUCAUAAACACUGAAACACCAAACCAGCAUUUUAAGAUUUACACGCUACGAAAGCUGUUUUGGUAAAGCGCCGUUUCAGGGAAAGAAAAAAACACUGUUUUGUCUGGAUUGAGGGCUGAAUUGGAGAGAGAAAGAUGCAUUUAUGAAUUUAACGAUCUUAAUAUCCGGCCCUGCAAUUCAUCAUAACAUAAAAGUGUCAGAAGUAAUAAAAAAAUAUACUGGUAAUUUUGCUAUUCUACAACCAUUGCCAGCACUGAGGCUAAAAAUGUAAAAUUUCAGAGGGUGCUGCCAAAGAAAAGCUCAGUAACCAUUCAAAAUGCAAAGGGCUCACACUUUGGGGAAUUUGAAUGUGCUCCGUAUAUACAUAGACGAGAGAUGGGCAUUUGUUAGGAAGCCUUCAGCUUCUGUAUUUGUCUUGAGAAGCUCAGAGUUAGAGAUCCAAAUCACUGUCCAAAGCCUUGAGCCUUAUGUUACAUUUGUUACUUACAUAUUAAAUACAGAUAUGUUAAUAAUAGUUGUAAUCUCUUUGUUAAUUUAAUUUU